CUCGACCCGCUUCCGUAUAAUGGAAGAAGGUUUUUGCGUGUUUUCUUGUCUUUUUUUUCUUUUAAAUACUUUUUUUGGGAGUUGUUUUGGAUCCCUGCAGGGAAAGCGAAGCGCAGCGAGAGUUGGAGAGAGAUGGAAGACGUCCUCACCGAGACCCCUCCGCCCUCGAGAUUCUUCCAAGAUGACCUCGACAACUUCGCCGCCCCGUCUCCCCCGGUCCCCUCCCCUUUCCUCCUCCUGAACCAUACCCCUAACCCUAAUCUCCUCCGCCCCUCCCUCCUCGUCAUCGCCAUCUCAGCCCCAUCCAUCUCCCUCCUCCACCGCAUCCCCCACAAAACCCUCAUCGGAACCCUAAUCCUCCCGGAGAUCCCUCUCUCCGGAAACUCCCUCGCGCCCUCCCCCCGCGACCGCUCCUGCAACAUCUACGCCGUCGACCGACCGGCGCCAUCGCCGCCGGCUGUCCUCGUCUCCGUCCAGUACCCCGUCACCGCCGAGAGGUCCCGCGCCGUCGCGAAGUCUCUGCUCGGCGAGAUCCGUGCGGAGACCGUUCUGAUCUUGGAUUCGGUCCGGAGCCAGAACUACCGGGAGAGGCUGGCGGUGGACGAGGCGCUGGCCUUCAAGCUGGAGACCUCGGAGCAGAGGCGUGGAGGUGAUCCGGCCGUGGUCCAGGGGGUCGAGCACCUGCCGUCGGGGAGCGUGAUGGACGGCCUUGGAGCGGCGAUCCUCGGGGAGUGCCAGAUGAGGAAGGUCAAGGGGACGCUGCUCGCGACGUGGCCGGACAACGGGCGCCCGCCGGUGGCGCCGCUCCUGAGGUCUCUGCUGCAAGGCUUGGGCUUUGAGGUCGGUGGGGUGGAAGGGGAGGAGAAUUUUGCUGGCUUUGGGGUUUCUUCUCGUUACGAUUCGGAUUUGUAUACCUGAGAGGUGAGGAUCGAUCUAUCGUACCAAACAAGUCUUCUUAGGUUCAAUUUCACGCAGCAUUUUGGAUAUUGAAGAUUUGUUUGCUUCGUGUUUCAUGUCAUAAUAUUCCAAAUUGGUCUAUUUGAAUCAUUUAUUUGUGCAUCACCAGCAAGUAUAACGUUCAAGAACAAAAUGAGAUUAAUUGUUCCCCUGUGGCCGAUUCCAUUAAA